AAUUGCAAGGCUCGGCCACGCACCCUGAUUCGCGACAAAGAAGGCCGAACGACGUCCGAGCCCUAAAUUCGGUCGACAGACUGGUCCUGCAGCUGUCAUAAUUAGGAAGCCAUCUACCAAAUCCCUCGUUCUUGACCCUCCAGUUUCGCCUCAUGGACCGGCAGUACUGCGCCCACGUGUGGCACUGACAACUUUUCUUCACUCUGUCUUCCUUCGCCAUGGAGAAGUACUCGCAGUUCCGGGACAAAGUUGCGCUUCUAGGCACCGCGAUUGCGCCCUUCUUCCCUGUAACUACCCCACCAGCCAGCUCGCUCUGGACACCGCUCCACAUCCUCCUCUUCGUCAUCCGCGUGCCCCCGGUCUUCUUCCUUUCCCUCUUUUACUUUCUGGUCCUCGAGUGGCUGCCUGUGCCGCAGCUUGUGCGGAAAGGCGUCCUAUGGCUCAUACUCGCGAUACCCGGGGUGUGGUGGGUAGAUCUACAGGUUGAUGGCGUCAAGAGAGGGUAUGUCGACAUAGAUCCUGCGCUGUGCGUCGCUGGAUACCAUUCCCUACCGAUGAGUAUCUACCAUCUUCGGAAGAGCAGACGUACUGAGGAAGGUGCGCGCUACAGGAAGCUUGCAGAGGUGCCGGGCCAUCUCCCACAUCCAGGCACUAUCAUUGCGUCGUCCUUUACCUCGCCCCUCGAUCCGCUGUAUCUGGCGGGGAUAUUCUGUCCGAUUUUCACGCGUUCAUAUCCGUCGACGCGGAAGGUAGAACGGAUAUCUCUAUUCCGCGCGAUUCUUCUCGCCUUCGGUCCUCCAUCCAUCUUCCCGGGAAAUCCAGAUAACCUGGUCACAAUGAAGGAACUCGAAGCGAAACACCCGCAAUCUAUAAUUUGCGUAUUUCCCGAGUGCACGACGACGAAUGGCCGAGGGAUUCUGCCCCUCUGUCCUAGUCUGCUAACCGCUAACCCGAAAACCCGCAUCUACCCAGUCAAUGUGCGCUAUACACCAGGCGAUAUCACGACGCCGGUUCCGGGAAACUACAUUUUAUGGUUAUGGAAACUGCUGAGUAAGCCUACGCAUUGUAUGCGCGUCCGGAUCGCGAGGAGCAUGUACAACAAUCCCACCCUGGAUUCUCCGAUUGUUUGGGGUGAGAAGGCAGCAGGCAAAGGCAGCGGGGUAGAUAUGGUCGUUGACACGGACAUCUUCGACAGCCUUCAUUUGAGAAAUGGGAUCGUUAAGGAUGGCGGUGAAGGGGAGACGGAGGGAGUAGGAGGGAAGGUGAAGAAGGAUGAGCAGAAGGUGCUGGAUAGAGUGGGUGAGGAUCUGGCUAGACUAGGGAGAGUGAAGAGGGUAGGGUUAGGUGUGCAGGAUAAAAUUGAGUUUGUAAAAGUCUGGAGAAAGAGACGGAGGUAG